AUUGCUAUAGGUGCUUAGGAAAGCGCAGAAAAGCGAGAAACAGGAAUGGCGUCGUAUUCGGGACGAGAUAGCUCGAGAAACUACCGAGCAUAUAGAACACAAACUUCGGACGGCAGUCGAGCAUCUUCUUGGCACUGGAAAGCAACUGUCAGAGCGAGCUAGAAUCGAUGAGAUCGCCGAACAACCGGCUAAUGAAGUUGUCCAACAUGUGUUCAUGUACCUCUCUCACAGAGACAUGUUUCCUGCAGACGUCAACGAGGCUAUGCGGCGCUUUUUCGGUUACGUUUCGGCAAACCAGUUUGCCAGCAAGCUAUUCAAACUGGCCAUAUGCAGAGGUACAAUCGAAGAUCCCGAACAAGCGCAAGCAGAGUACGUCGAAGACGGAGAAGACGACGCGGAAGAAAGUGAAGAAGACGAAGAACAAAACGAGAACAAUGAAAGCAACAAAGAGUACGAUGUAGAUUGGGAUAGAAAACACCACCGUCAAGUAGUACCAGAAGAUGAUGUAGCUGCUGAAAUUUGCAAGUGGUUAGACCAGACAGAUGACCUUGAUCUCCGCGUGUUGGCUCAGAUAGAGGCCAGAGUAGCGACCAGCUUCGAAGCUCCCGAAUUCACCCAUCUCGAUCACGGAUCCUUUUUGUAUCUCGUCACUCACAACAAUGCCAUCGCCUACAUGCUCGAAAAGUCGUCCUUACAAUUUGGAGCGUCAGCAAACGACAGAGAGCAGUCGGCGCAAGCCUAUUUAAAGCAAGCACCACGAGAGAAUGUUUUGGAUUUUCUUCAGCAAUGCGGGACUGGGACGCAGCCGAUUUCUUUGUCUCAAGCAAUUUGUGAUCAGUUUGGUGUAGUCCGCGUUGAAGACCUUCGCCUCGGAUCGAUCGAACGGCUGAUAAAGCGUGCUCAGAAUCAUCGAAAUACAAACAGUGUCACCUUAGAAGGUGGUCCCGUUUUUCCUCGCAUUGCUUACCAAUCAGCUCUUCUCUGUGGAUCAACUCAAUUGGAGUCAAGUCACGAGAUACGGACGGCUGCUCCGGGAGGGUCCGGAUCCGGCCCGUUGGGUUGGCAGACGGAAGAACGCGCUGCACGGUUGUUGCUUUCGUGUCCGUUUCUCGGUGAUCUAUCGAAAUGGUCACACUGGGAUGAAGUGUUCGCUCCCAGUCACGGUCCGCUCAAGGACUUCAUCAGCACCAAAGCUGCAGCUGCCUUACCCUCGUCCUCGGGAGUGUUCGCUCUAGAAGUCGAACCAGGAGUGUAUCUGAGAGUAAAUCCUAGAUGCUCAAUGGAUGCUUUCGCUGACGCUGUAGCCAAUGGUGACUCACUGACAGCAGCUGUACAGAUCAUCGGUCUGAUCAUAGAGAGUGGCAAUGUCGGUGCGUUUGCUCUGUCUCUCGCUGCUAGCCGUACAAGGACGGCAUUAGAAAGACUCGUUGCUGCCAAGGAAGUAGCAAUCGACUGCGAAUCGUACACAGACCACCACGAAUGUGGACCGAUUUCGGAUGCAAGUGUGUUGGAAUUUGGUCGACAUCCAGCAGUGCAGUUCAUUCUCGAGAUGUUCUUACGCAUUCCACACAAACUAUCCGUUGCCCUUAGCCAACAGGUGUUGCUUGAACCACUGCAUCAUAUUGUUGGCGCGGCAUUGGCUCCCAAGUUGUUGCUCCAGCAUUGCAGAUCGGAAGACGAGAGGACAAGUUUGCAGAGAUUGGGCAUCGCUUUUAGCAUAUCGGAAUGGGUGCAAGACUUUGAACGGCGCGGUCAACCACCACCAGCUGCUUCAUUCAUUUCGAACAAAUUGUAUCGGUCUGAAAUAAAACAGGAAUCAGAAGGAGAAAGGGGAGAAAGGAAGAACGAAACUUUAUCGGAAUCUGGAAACGAUUUGGAAGUAGUCACUUGUAAACACCUCCUUGUAGAACUAACGACUGCAGAUGAGGGCACGGUUGAUAGCGAGAAGACGGAAGAGGACGAGUGGCCGAUAUCAUUACACGACGACAAUACCGACAAACAACAGCCGAUCUCUAGUCCGCUUCGACAGUCACAAGACACGAGCAGCACCCAACAAGAUCCUUCGACAGACAACGAAGACGUCACAGAAUCAUACGCCAGCAUCAGUGACGUCCGAGAAUCAUCCGUCGACGCCGAGAACGAAACCAUCAAGUCGGAAGAGACGGAUCUUAGUGUCUCUUUGCUGGAGGACGACACAGAGUGCAAGGCUGUCGUCGACGACAUUCUUCGAGAAGAGUUCGGCGAAGGACUCGAGCUGGGACCGGAAGAGGCGAAACUUGUGCAGAAACAACGUCUCAGAGAAGGUCGCGGUUUGCAUCGUCUUUCGAGCGAACUCUAUAGCAAGGACACCCACUUUGUACUGGAACUCGUUCAGAACGCUGACGACAACGCAUAUCCAAACUCCCAAGACCAACCGUUUCAGCCUGCCGUCGUGUUUGUGGUGACAAGAGAUUGCAUAACGGUUCUAAACAAUGAACUUGGCUUUCAAGAUAAUCACAUCCGGGCUCUGUGUGAUGUGGGCCGCAGCACAAAAGGCAAACACACAAAGGGUUACAUCGGUCAGAAAGGAAUUGGGUUUAAGUCUGUGUUUCGUGUGACGGACACACCCGAGGUGCAUUCCGGAGGUUACCAUAUUAAAUUCAAUGCACAGAGCGGUCCUCUGGGCUACAUAUGUCCGCACUGGAUUCCACUGCAGGAAAGAGGCAUACACGCCCAUCAGCUGGACGGUAUUGAGGGAGCAGAUGACGAAGGAUGGACGACAAAGAUCAUUCUUCCCCUAAAAAGCGGUCUAUGCGGUCAAGUGAAAAGCUUAGCACCUCGAUUCCACGACGUGCAACCCUCCCUUCUUCUGUUUCUCAACCGUUUGAGAAGCAUAACUAUAGUAGACAAGGUUAACAAAACCGAACGCUACAUGAACCGGAGAGAUCUCACCAAGAACCUGUUUGAAGUGCACCAUUCCCUUGGCGUUGAGAAGUGGCUGGUAGUGCGCAAAGAGUUGGAUGCUAGCAAGAUGAAAGUAGGUAUUGGUUAUACUGAAGUCGCUGUUGGAUUUCCACUACCAGCUGAAGACAUUCUCUCUCUGGCCUCGCCUCUCCAGCAAAAUUUGCCUCAACAAAAGGUGUUUGCAUUUCUGCCUCUGCGAAGUUACGGCCUUCGCUUUAUUAUCCAGGCGGACUUCGACGUACCAUCAUCAAGAGAGGCCGUUGACGAGUCUAGUUCAUGGAAUCAGUGGCUUAGAUCCCAUAUCGCCUCACUGUUUGUCAAAGAUGGCUUAAAGCAUUUCAAGGAGCUCGACGACAUGCCCACACUUGAAGCUCUGUGUGUCUUUCUUCGAUUUGUUCCACUCGAGGCGGAGGUCCAAGGAUUUUUCCAGGGAGUCACACGAGAAAUAGUGCAGCUUCUCAAAGGAUUCAAUUGCAUGCCAGUCCUAAAGUCUAAUCCUGCAUCUCCGACAGCAUCUACGCUUGAGGAUGAUGAAGACAUCGACUGGGUGCAACCAUCUCAAGCAGUUAUUGCUAAGGAUCGUUUGCUGUACGAUGUCCUGCCUGUGGGCAUGCUCAAAGAUCAUUUAGAUUUACAUUACUUACACCCCAAGGUUGCUGGUGUUCUUAAUCCUGGCCUGGCAAGGUGUCUCGGAGUAGAGGAAUUAUCAAGCAAACAUCUGAUCAAGUCAGCAGAGACAUUGUGCGCAUUGCAUUCACAGCAAUCUCACUCUAGUCAACUGACUCUUUCUUGGAUUGCCAAAUGGUUGCUCUGCUUGAGUAGAGCUAUGAUCAGAGAGUUCAAAACUAGUACUGCGUUGUAUGAGAGUUUCAAAACGUUAGCUAUUGUUCCUCUGAGCAACGGUAACUUUGUAUCUCUCCGUGAUACAGUAGUCUUCUUCCCUCUGGACGACGGAGACAGGAAGUUACGUUCAGCUACAGGUAAAAGCUAUUUGGAUGCAAUCUAUAACGAUAUGAGAACUGUCUCUAAAGAGAUGCUGAGUAUGCAGAGUAAUGCAGAGAAUGCAUCGGUUCACAGACUGCUGGAGGAAAUGGGAGUCAAGCGGAUGACUUCUCGAGAAAUUGUCUACAACCACAUUAUUCCUAUACUGGAGUCUGACGACUGGCGAGGGAAAUCUCCUGGUCUUGUUGUCAGUUAUCUUGUGUUUCUAAAAGAGCAAUGUGACCGCGACCCAAACAUGCUCAAGAUUGACCAACUGAAAACUUUUGCUGUCCUGUUGACUAAUCAAGGGCAACUGAGACCGAAAGAAGAAAUCAUUCACUUUAGUAGCAUUUACCUCCAAGAACGAAAAUUUGACUUGCAGCGACACUUUCCAGAAGUGUCGUGGAAAGUGGUGGAUCAGACGUACUUACAGAUAAGCGACGCUUCUAAUCCAGCACUAAUUCAUUCGUGGGAAACGUUUUUACGAAGGCUUGGUGUCGAGCAGUUUCUAGCUGUGAGAGAGAGGACGAUUGAACUUGUCGAAGACGAACUAAGCGCUUCUCCUUGGGGUAAUAUUGCCAAGGCCUGGCCGAAGUCGAAGGACGAGAAGUAUCGAAUCCGUGACUAUACUUGCCCCGAGUUUCUUGCUGUCGUUGGCUCUGUGACGGCUCUGAAUGAAACCUUGCAGAAGGAACGCAUGAAAUCCUUGGUUGAGCUUUUUAACCACAACUGGAGUUUAAUCUACAAUGCAAGGAUAAAAGCUGUGGUCAUGGGUGCAAGCGGAGAACCAGUUUGUGAGACCGAGUCGACAUUCUACAUGGAACUUAAGCGGACCUUGUGGAUUCCUACCGUUGUCAAACGCCAGCAAAGUCCAACUCAUAAGACAGAACCAUCUCUAUUACAUCGUCCGGAUGCGCUGUUUCUGAACGACAAGAAAACUGCGGCAUUACUACACUGCCACGUAGACUACGUAGACGCAACUAUCAACAAUCCAAAUUUUACUAAGUGUCUAGGUCUGCAUACAUCCGAAGUCAUCACCGUAGAAUUUAUUUUAAUAAUGCUGCGAGAGUGGUCUGGGCCAUCGGAUGUCCAAAAGCAGUUUAGCACUUCUCUUCGUCACAUGUCGUCUGUGUAUGAGUACUUGCUGGGCUCGUCAAACAUAGGAGACAAACAAGAUCCUGUACGUUUGUUCUUCCAACAAGAAAGAGCCUUCUUUGUUCCAUUUCACACUGUGGAUAAUAACAGAAUGGCAAACGAUAUAGUGCCUGGAACGUUCGUAACGUUCGACGAAGUUUGCUGGGAAGAUUCUACGGGCGUGCUACGUGAUAUCGUCAGAUCUGCCCGAGAAUCUGCGGUACCAGGACCGAAGCUGCUGUCCGAAGUUUAUCAAUGUAUUGGAGAAAACGAAUGUCGAGCUCUUGGGAAGCUUUUCUUGGAUAAACUGGAUCUUAAUGCGACACCGACAAUAUUUGCUCUACUAGACGUUAUGGAGUAUGUUGCUGCUAUGCAACUGACGCCUACUUACGACAUUCUGCAGCAGAUACAGAAGUUGUACAUGGCUGUUAGUCACAUGGUUCGUGAGUCUGCAGAGAAGGAAGCGUACGAGACAGCAAGAAAGAGCAAUACUGAAUUGCCAUCCUUUGCCAAGUUCAAAUCAUUACACAGAUCGAAGUUUGAAGAAGCACUUCUCGAGGAAGGCGUAGAACUCCACGUGAGCGACUGUCAGGCAGGGUUGCUUGUCAGAACACGCAUAGCCGGAAAACCAAUGUUUGCAUCGAUUAGAAAUAAAUGGGUGAGUGCAGACCAACAACCAAUGAUCAAGGACAAUCCCAGUAUGGCUGAUCGAUUUGCAGACCAUCCAGUGGUGCACUUCCUGUGGCCUGUCUUGGAAUCGCGAUCAUCACAAAGUUUUACUUCUUCUCGCGCUAUGGAACUGGGAGCGUUGCAAAGACAAAAGCGAUUGCACGAAUUACAAUCUGUAAGACAGGACAAUGAAAAAGACAAAAUAUACGAAUUUUUUGCAAUUUGCGGCAUAAAGAAACUGUCGAAGGUUGUUUGUGAAGAUGUGCACGAGUCCGGUGUAGGUCCCAGUCCUCAACUGCAGCUUAGAGUAAAGCGACUGUUGCCGUUUAUUCAAAAAUAUUUGUUUAACGAUCUUAAUUACGAAUACCAACAACUGCAAGACGAAGGAAUUUCGGAACGUCUGUUAGAAAUGCGUUUCUCACUAGCUGACAAAAUCUUUGUGUCCCUUGUCAUCAAGGGACUUAACAUUCACUCGGAUAAGCAAGAGACAGAUUGUGCUUUGAGCAACCGCGAGGUUCUCAUUGUUUCCAGACAAGCGUGGGCAUCCAUAGACGAUAACAAAUCGAAACUACCUUCUCUAAUGGGUCGAGAGCUUGCUAAAGUGUUCCUGUCUAUUGAUCACAACGAGUACUCGACACUCGAGUCAUUUAUCGAAAAUUUGUUACAGUGCCUACCGAAUCAGAAAGAAUUGAAGAAGUUUGUCCAGAAGUGGAAGCUGCCUUCACGAAUGCCCGAAGAUGAGCAAGCGUGGACUAUACCUGAACCCGAUGUCGCUCAAGAAGCGUCACAACAAGAACAGCAAGAACGUUUGCAAGAAGAACUACUUCCUAGCAAAGCGUCCAAUGAACAAGUAGAGAAGAAUAAGAUAAGAGAGGCCGACGACGGUAAGCUGAGAUCUUGGCCACCGCGCUCGUCAACGCAGCCUCCAUCAGCUAAAUCUCUAGAACGCAGCCAGCGGGACAAACCCAAAGACGAACAAAAACGUGAUGUCGAAUGGAGCAUGCCGCAACAGCCCGAACAAUGGCAAGGACCCGACGGACAAAUGCCACCAUCACGGCCAAAUCUACACAGAGACAGAUCGAAAGUAAACUCAGAGCACGAUGGCAGAUCUGACCACUUGGAAUCGCGGAUAUUGUCAACACAAGUAGACGAGAGCAGUAGUAUGUACACCACAGACGUGUCGACGGAGUCUCAUGCCGCUCAACUUCAAUCGCGUAUGCUCAGCCCUCAUCAAACAUUGCCCCAAUUCGACCCAUCACUAGGCCCCAUUCCUCCCAUGGCAAUGCCUCGUGCACCCUUCAUAAACAUGCAACUCGACCAGCGUAUCUUCCACGGUUCAUCACCUGCACCGUUUCCGCAACCCUUUACCCCCAAUACGGUCUCAUCCAUCGAAUUUGAAGAGGUGGCUAGAGCUCCACAGCUCAGACCGCCCGUGUCCGUCGUGUUACACCCUCAAUCGCCUCAACAAGAGGUCGGUCGAUACGGAGAGGAGCUCAUUUUCCUCUAUCUGUUGAAUCAAAGGGAUCUGGGCCUACUCACCUACGACGACCAACCAGUUAAAAAUGUUGCAGUCUUGUGGGUAAACCAGAGAAACGAAACGGGAUAUCCGUUUGACAUUCAGGUUAACUUCUUCCUUCCUGGUCAACAGACGCCCAAGUCUCAUUUCAUUGAAGUCAAAACGACAAGAUCUCCAGACAAGGGAUUAUUCCAGAUAUCGAACAACGAGCUGCGUUUCGCUCACCAACAGAGAGAUGCCUUCUACGUCUACCGAGUAUUCAAUGCAGGCAAUGCGGCCGUGAAGGUGGGCAGAAUCAGAAAUCUUUCUCAAUAUCUUGAUUCGAAUCAAGUGCAGCUGUAUAUUGAGAUUUAGAGAUAGAGAGGGGGGGGAAUAGAGGGAUUUUAAAAAGGCACUUGAUUGCUAUGUUUAGUGUUUUAUGUUUUUUAGUGGCCAUUGCAAGCAGCUGUUGUUGGGCAUUUUGCAAGUCAAAUGGGUUUCAUUUUACAUGUUGGUAUCUUAGCAAAUAUAUUCAAUUAGAUUUCAAGAA